AUGUGGCGCCCACUGCUGUUUGUCCUGUGCGCUGUGCAGGGCGCGUUCGCGCUUGCCGGGACGAAUGUGUGCAACGACCGCAUCUGCAUCCAGGCGACGCGCAGCGACGACGUCGAUACUUAUACAAUUCACACUCAUCCAGAGAGGCCAAUCCCGCCGGAGAAGUUUGGGUGGAUGGCCAUCGGGUGGGGCCUUGUGAUGCCAAAUAGCCCGCUCGUGAUCAUGUGGCCGAACGAGGACGGCACAUUUACGCUCAGCCAGCGCAAGGCGCCACGACACGUCAUGCCAUCCGUUGAUCCCAAUCCCCCAAGACCAGCGACGCUGAAUGACGGCCAGACGUGGUCCAACACGACGGGGACGAGCCUCAGUUUCCAAGUGCCCUCGGACAGCGUGAACAACACGAUCCUCAUCUGGGCUCUAUCGAACACACGCCCGGACAGCACGAACCCAACCGCUGGGUUGAUCCAGCACACAUGGCACGGAGGCGAGAUCAUCGACUUUACGACCGAGUACAGCGAGGUCCCUGGUCCAACCACCAUUGGGUACGGCUCGUCCAAGGCGACGAACAACGCUACCGGUGGCCCGAGCCUGGCGCUCAUCGCGCACAUCACGUGCGGCGUGCUCGUAACCAUGCUUGUGCUUCCAGGAGGUGUCGUCGUCCCCCGCAUCACGCGCGGCAUGACGACCACCAAGAGCUGGUUCUACUUCCACAUGUUGAACCAGGGCUUCUUUGCGCUCGCCCUCGUGUCUAUCAACUUUGGUAUCGGUCUGACAUUUGGCGGCGAGAUCGACUCGGCCCACCGCCGGACGGGAACUGCACUCUUCGUGCUCGUCAUCCUCCAGAUCAUCCUCGGCUGCUUCUCGCACUUUUACAAGCCAGGCCACUGGAUGAAACAACACACCUUUGAGACAAAGCGCGGCCGUGGACCCUCAAACUUCCUCCACGUCGUCUUUGGCAUCAUCACGGUCGCGGUGGGCUGGAGCGCCUGCUGGUCGGGUUUCACAGUCGAAUGGACGCGUCGGGGCCACGGCGUUGCGGCAUAUGGUUUCCGCGUGGGAUGGGGACUGAUCGUGAUGAUCUGGAUUACCCUCUACGUCCUCGGACUGAUCUUCUUCCUCCCCCGCCAACUCAAGAUCGAGAGCGCCCAACGCGCAACAGACCUCGCUGAACAAAAACGCUACUUCCCCUCCGAAUUCGACCUCAAGGUUCGCAACCAGGCUCUCACGCCCUCCCCUCCCAUGCCUUUGAGGGGAGGUACACCUUCCACCACGGGGUUCGCACAGCAGAGCCCGACUUUCUCGUCAGAGUUGGCAUCGCCAGAAGGGUCGCCGAGCCUACGCACGAGUUUUAGUUCCAGUCGCCUGCCGCGGGCGCCAAGAGUGCCACCUCCGCGCAAACCUUCAGAUCCGUUUGCGGAUCGCAAAUCGAACUCAAUCAAGGGCGGCCACUUCUAA